ACAUUCGAUCGUCAUGAUUAGCGCGAUACACACAUCGUCACCAUCGUCAGCGAAUGCAAGCGAGCAGUGAAAGUUUUAUGUGCAUUUAAUCUCCGUUUCGUUGCAUUAUUCCCAUGUUUAAUGUUUGUGUUCGAUUACGUGAAGUGAAAUCAUUCCAAUCGUCGCCGCCGUUUCUUGUGUCCAGCAGAAUUAGAUUCGCAAUUGCUUCGCGAAGGUGCGUAGAAGAAAGUGCAUUAACACACACCACAGCUUCGCCACCAGUUGAACCGUGCCCUUCUUUUGCGUUCGUCAUCGCAAUUAGUUCCAGCUGCGAAAUCCGAGAUUCGGUUCUGUUGCUUCUGUGCGCAAAUAUGAUCUAACUCCAGCGGUAAACGGUGCAUGUUUUGGUUGGUUCCUCCCCAGAGGAAGGAAGUGAACAGUGAUUGUAGUGUGUUCCAUCAUGACGUGUAAAAUUGACUUCAGCGAGUGUCUUAAGGAUUCUCCCAAGUUCAGGUUACGGCUUGAACAGGAGGAAUCCGAUAUCGACCAUCUGGAGCAGCGAUUGGAGCGAAUCAUCAAGAUGUGCAGCCUGGCGGUGGACAGCGGCAAGGAGUACAUCCGCAACCAGAGCGCAUUCGCCACCUCGCUGUGGGAUUUGCAGAAGCACUUUCAGGACGACAAAUCGUCCACCAACGCGCUGGCCAAACUGAUUCACUGCCUGCAGGAGAUGAACAAAUUUCACACCACUCUGUUGGAUCAGGCGAACCGAACGGUGCUGAAGAAUUUGACCAGUUUUCUCAAGAAGGACGUCAAGGAGGUUAAAGAUUAUAAGCAAAUUUUCACCAAAGUUUCGGAAAAUUUGGAUGCGGCUGUUUAUAAGAACUCCCAGGUGAGCAAGAACCGGCCGGUCGAUAUUGUUGAGGCGGAGAAUCUACUCUCCGCGACAAAGUCAUGCUACAAUCAUGCUGCGCUGGAUUACGUGAAUUAUAUCACGAUGCUACAGAAUCGCAAACGACACGAGAUUCUUUCCACAUUGCUAAGCUAUAUUCAAGCCUGCAGCACAUAUUACCACCAGGGAUCGGAUCUGUGCGAGGACUUUGGUUCAUUUUUCAAAACGCUCGACGAAGAAAUUGGUAGCAUGCGGGCGGAGUACAAUCUGCUGGAUAAACAGAUGCAAAACCGUCACACCUGUGUCAACAUGUUGCUAGACGACGGAGAAAAAUCUCUCUCCUCCCUGCCCGGAACACCGUCGUUGGUUUCGAAUGCAUCCUCGUCCACUGGGGAUGGAUCCGAUCAGCGUUCUUCUGGGCCGUACACAAACAGACCAUUGAGUCACAUGGAGGGUUACUUGUUCAAGCGCACCUCGAAUGCAUUCAAAACGUGGAACCGACGGUGGUUCUGCAUGCGGGAUAAUCAGCUGUUCUACCGGAAGAGAACCGGCGAGGAAUUACCCACCGUAAUGGAGGAGGAUUUACGGCUGUGUACGGUGCGCCUUCUGCCCGACUCGGAUCGGCGGUUCUGCUUCGAGGUUAUCUCGCCCACCAAAUCACACAUUCUCCAGGCUGAUUCUGAGGCUAUGCUUAACGCUUGGAUCAAGGCACUGCAGAAAGGCAUCGAUUCGGCGAUUCAGUAUCACAGUCCGUACAGUCACGACAUGCGGGGCAUCCAAAGUCAGUCACCCACCAACGAGGACAGUACCAACAGGAUCAGAGGGGGUGAGGGACUUGCCAGAUGUGACGGUAGGAAGGGUGUCAAAAAGAUAAACUGGACCCAAAUUCUUCGAAUUCCAGGGAACUCCCGGUGCUGUGAUUGUGGCAAUGCGGAUCCCAAGUGGGCUUCCAUCAAUUUGGGCAUCACACUGUGUAUUGCAUGCUCGGGAGUGCAUCGCAGUCUCGGCGUUCACUACAGCAAGGUGCGUUCGCUGACGCUGGACGUCUGGGAGCCGGAGAUCUUGCGGGUAAUGAUCGAGCUUGGAAACGAUGUUAUCAACCGGGUUUACGAGGCGAACACGGCCAAGGUGAAUCGGUUCGAUCGAGCCACGGACAAUUGCGAGAUAUCGAUACGCGAGGCGUGGAUCAAAGCGAAGUAUAUCGAGCGGAAGUUUGUGUUGCCACUGGACAGCAGCAGUGGAUUGGGUCUCGAUCCAACCCCAACCAGCACAUCCUCUUCCACGCUGUCGUUCAAGAGUUUGGAUAACGACAGCUCGAAGUAUCCGGAAAAAUGGAGCAUCAAGAAGCUACGACGCAGGAGCUAUCGGAAACUUCUGCGCAAUAAAAGAAUCGAAGAAGGAGUUGAGGGUGGUGCGUCCAGUGGCGGAAACACUGAAACCGACACGGAUCCCGAUGCGGACGAGAAAGAUGUGAACCUGAACAUUCCAAAGAAGUUCAACGAUAUUUUGCUGAUCGGGGAGAAUAUCAUUGAGAACAAUCACAACCUGAUGGACGAGAAUCUGUUGCUGCUGAACUCUGACCAGGAGUCCACCAGUGGCGAGGAGGAUAACGGAAUAAUGGAGUGCGAAGAGUUCGACAAAUUGAAUCCGAAUUUUUUGCUGUAUAAGGCGGCCUGUGGCCACAAUCUGCCAGUAAUGUGUCAGGCAAUGGCUCUCGGGGCUGACAAGAACUGGCGCAAUGCCGAUGAGUUGGACAGAAUCCCUCUGCACGGGGCAAUUCUUUCCGGAUCAAUAAUGUCCUGCGAAUUUCUGCUCCUCAAUGGGUGCAAUAUAAAUGCGGUCGAUCGUAACGGGUGCACCCCGCUACACUUGGCCACAGAAAAUGGUUCCACCGCCCAAGCUUAUCUACUUCUCAAACACAAAGCCAAAUAUGACAUUCCAUCGGCAGAUGGGAAACUACCGAUCGAUAUAGCGGUGGAACGAACCGAUGCGGACAUAGUGACCCUGCUGAGGUUGGCUCAGUUGAAUGAUGAGAUAGGGCCCGGAGAAGAUGGCGAGAACUAUUCCGGCGGGGAUUCCACCUAUGCCGCUGUGAUGAAUGACUUUUCCCACCUCGCAAGUAACCAGCCUCAGCGGCUGCAGCGGAACCGAAAUGCAUCGACGACUCCGGUGGAUGCGAGCAUCACUUCCAACGCGUCGUCCUCCACCAGUGCUUCCCUGCUUGUCGCUCCAACUGACGAGGACGAGGACGGUAGUGACAAAAAUUAAGUAUAUUUAGAUAUAUCCGUACUGUGUUAUUGUUGAAGUAUGCCCAAUACGGUCCUAGCUUUGCUGCUGUGAAAAUGUUUUGAGGUUCGCGUUUUGGUUGAGAGCAUAUUAUUUGUACUUAUAGCAUUUAAGGAGACGAGUUCGUGAUUUACUAGAAUGGCAGACAACGAUGACAGGCGGGGUAUCUCUGCUCUGCCUAGCCUUAAACAUUUAUUAUCAUUAUUCCAUGGACGUGAUAUGCAGCGUUUUGUGAUGUUUUCAAAAAAUGCGUUUGACUCCUCCAGUCAAAAACUGUUUUGACCAGUAUUUCCCACUGCAUUAUUGUAUCCUCCGUAUCAUCUCCAAGAGAUACGCGUGUAGUUAUGGCUCCAAUAUGAGGGGAGAAUCGUGCAAAUGUUAAAACAUAUAUUAUGGGACUAUUUCGAUUGCUUUCGUUUUCAAGAAGUUAUUUGUUAUGAUUCACUGGAUCUGAAAUUGUUAGUGUUAGCUAAAUUUUCUGCCUUACAACUUCACCAAAUUCUAACGUCAAUAGUAACAUGGCAGAGAUAUUUCUAAACAGUGGAAACUGUGCAAAAUUAAUGCGACGACAUUUACGUAUUUCUUACCAUUCCCUAUAACGAUAGCAUAACAAAAUCGACAUUUUUCGGAUGGCGAUCAAAAAAACCUACAAAACAUAAUUCAAUGGGACAAAUUUCCCAUAAAACAUAAUUUUAUUGACCUUGUUACAAAAAUAUUUCGGCGCCCUAUCUGUUGGCCUUAUGGCAGUUGGUCGUAACUUGUGCCAUUGCUGUCGAAAACAUACUUGUUGGUAUGUUUUUCAGUUCUUUCUAAGCUUUAUUUAUUAGUUCCUUCUCCGUUUUCGCCACGGAAUUGUUGAAGUAGUCCCUACCCUUCAGGUCUGCCUGGAAAUUUUCGGUGGGACGAAAAUGGAGAAUGUUCGGAGGGUUGGAGGACUUCGGAACAACAGGCGGUUCAUCUCCUUCAGCGACUUCUUCGUGUAAUGUGUGCAGGCCAAUACACCACACCCUCGUCGGGUUGAUAUUUUUGGACGAAGGAGGCAACUUCCAGCAGGCACUUUGUGCUGACAACCUCCCUGUUCACCGCAAAUCCCAAACGGAAGAAGAGCGGCAUUGAUAUACUCUUUUCAGAAAGAAGAGCGGCAUUGAUAUACUUUUUUCAAGUUCCCGAAGAAUGUGCUUCUGUGGCUAACCAUCAGCCACAGAAGCACAUUCUUCGGGAACUUGGUGUUCCGACACGGCCGGUCUUGACUAACGUUUCCGCAUGAUGAUGUCCAUCUUCGCUAGGUAUUUUAUCACUCAUUGUUUUAACCUCCCGGGCCGGAACCCACCUUUCCCUCCGUCUUCUACUUUACCUUCAGUGGCAGUUUACGAUCGCGUAGCACCGUCGGAUGACCGGAACCAGGCCUCCGUCCAAUGCUCUCAUUCUUCUCCAGAAGUGUAAGAAUACAGUAGAACCCCGAUUAUCCGCGAGCGGAUGAUCCGCGGUGCGGAUUAUUCGCGAAAGUGAGUUCCAUAGUAAAUCUGACUGUGGUUUUCAAGACAUAACAGAGGGAUAAUUUAAUGAUUUCUGUGUUGGUAACACAUAGUUUUUUGCAACGGGAUGGACCAUCCAGUACUGUGUGUACCGAGCAGUACUUUACUGUUUUUACCACAACUUCUGCAGUUCAACUGAACUUCUUCUUCUUCCUCAAUGGCCAGAUUUUGUUUAAAAACUCAUGAAUUACUAUGAUUGACGAUGUACAAGUGGUAUCAUCACCAGGUGUUGAGGUAAACGCAUGAAAAAUUGGUAAAAUUUGUCCAUUUUUUUAAUGCAAGCGUUGGUCGAUAUUGAAAUUCAAUUUCAUUUUAUUUGUGAAAAAAAGACAAUUUCGUAACACAAGUCACAUCUCUCAAUUAGUUUCCGAUCUGCCUAACCGAUGGUACCACUACUAACGAACAUUCAAAUUGUACAUGUCGAAUUUUCUUGCUAAUUCAACCAUUUAAACAAUGAUUAAUCUUUGAGCGGAGAGCGAGCAGUUGUACUACGUAAACCUUGGUAUAAUCGAAAAGUUCUGGAUGGUAGAAGAAAUGCAUUUACAUUGUACAGUGACAUUUUCCGUGUAAAAAAUUGUCCUGUGUGACUAAUUCCAGCAAACUGGUCGGUCACUUCGGUACCUGCAAUGCCACUGUACCCAGAAGAUCACUCGAGGCAGUGCCAUGCAAUAGACAUAUGGUAUGACAAUAUAAGAUUAAUACGAGUGAGCGAAACAAGAGACACGGUUCAAAAAAGCACGUAUUUCUUUGCCACAUAUGUACACGAACCAGACCCAGAUGGAUAUAGAUCUCUUUUAUGCUGGAAAGUGUUUUCUAAGAGUAAAACUAGAAAACACUUUCCAACUUCAAUUUGUAAUGAGAUGUAAUAUUAUCACGCUUCUGCGCAACAGCAUCAUUGGGCCUGAUUACGAACAUCACUGGCACCUACGCUUUCACGUCACUUUCACUUCACUUAAUCUUUUUGUGUCUAUCAUCAUUGUCACGGACAGUUGCGUGUAAAAAUGAACUCCGUGAAGAAAAAGUGUUCAUUCCCGUUUAUAAGAGACAUGUUGGUUGCAUAAUGUCGGGUGUUUGAACGUUGUGUUGGUUGCAUAAUUUCGGACGUUUGAACGUUAUGUAGGUAAAAUCAAUACAGCGUAUGAGAUAAUAUUCCAUUUAAUUAAUCGUAUGUUUUACAAUGACAAGUUUGCGAUUAUACAUCGAUGAUUAGUUUGCUAAAUCAAAUGCUGGCUCAAAGAUGAGGAGCAAUACUUGGUUGCUCGGGAAUAAUGUAGUUGUUGAACAUAUGGGAAUGUAAUUUUACACUAGAGAUAAAACAUGACUAUUAUGUUUAAUAAUCGAAAUCUCGCAUACUCUUGUACUUAGCUCUGUCUUACUCGUUUGAAUAGUGAAAAAUAUUUAGAAUCAUUUUUUAUGAACCGUUUCUACAAUUUUAAUGAAUAAUAAUAUCUUCUAUAUCUCAGAACAAACCCGAAAUUAUCCACCUCACGAUCAGUAUAAUCUGAGCUCUUCCCAUAUGGGAUUCUGAAGUUUAAUGCCGUUAUUACGUAAUUACGCUAGCAUGUGCGCUGCUGGAAGGGGGAAUCAAUGAAAAUAGGCGUUUGUUCCUUAUGAAUAUGUACAGCCUUGUUUGUUCUUUGGCGUUUGUUCUGUUGGCGAGAUUUCCCGGAUCUUUUCAGCAGAUCACGUAUCGUUGUUGGACACAGCUAAAAGCUGUAAAUAUAUGUUUUAUUUAUUCAUUCCUUUUAUAACUUAACCUCUGUCUACUCACACUUCGUAUCCGUUCUAUCUGACCAACAAUUUCUUCCUUCUAUGCCCUUAAAUUCUUUUCUUUCUAGCCUACAAUAAUUUAAAUCAUUCGAUCAUUCAAUAUUACGCAGUUCAAACUACUUACAAUUGAUUUGGUGGCAAAGAGAUGAUACGAUUUUGGAUUUUUCAAUUCCAAUAAAUUCACUUUGUUAUCUUUUCUCUGAUUACACUUUGUUUUUCUUUUGAUAUUUUUUGACAUUUUAUUUUCUUCUUAUUCUUUUCUAAACAUCCUUUAUUCAGCAUCCUUCAUUAUCGUGGUCCAUCUAAAUGGUCCAUUGCUCUCGCCGAGGGGGCUUUCCAUGGCCGGCCAAAGAAGCCGUAACACCUUGCAUGUUUCUUUUCUCUUCAGUCGUGGGACUGAACACUUGCGUAAAUUUGUUUUACCGUGUUUUGUUCAUCGAAGCACCCCUUGGUUUUCACAGUUGGUUGUUUGCAUCUGACACUAACAUAAUUUUCGCAGCUGUUUAGCAAAGUACGUAGAAUAGAAGGUAAUCUCCUCCCUGCUUUGUUCAAGUAGUGGUAGGCAAAGGAAAAAAGUAAAAAAUUGUAAUAAACCAUCGAUCGAAUCCAUAUAAAUUCGAACAUUUUUGUUUUUUUUUUCAAUUAUAACAAAAGAACUGUCUCAAAAUAUGUUUCUAAAUGAUGAAAUAGCAAUUUACUUAAUCAUUUUAAAAUAGAAAAAAGUGAAAUUAUCGCACCUGUAUUAUGAAAAUAACGCAAAAACCGAUGAACAAAUGUGUGGAGAGGUUAUAUCGAAGCAGUUUCGUUUCGUGUCGUUGAUAGUAUGAUGAAAGAUAAACUCCCACACUGCUGAUUUUUUUUUUCUUUUAUUGAAGCAGCUAUCAAGAAUCAUCGCGACGCUUUCAAUGGUUUCGGUUUGGAGUGUUCAGCCGUUCAGCCGGGACCAAAUUGGCGUUUUUGGAAAACGAGAAAAACAUUUCCUCCAUCCCGGGUCAUCUUCCGAAGUGAUUGCAAAUGAAUAUUUUGCACUUUCGCAAGAAGUGAAUGUAUAAAUUUGGAAUUUCGUGUGAAACCAUUGGAACGGAACGUUUAGGAAGAUCCAAGAAGCGAAUGCAUUGAAUAGCAAUUUAUAUAAAACACACUUACCUCCAGUAUGAAGAUGUCUUCUUUGCUGAUUAUAGGUUAAAACAGUAUCCCCAAGUUUUAAAAUUUUUCUGCUCCGGCAUAGCGGGACGUGGCACUUCGACAUAUUGCUGAAGUAAACAAACACUGUUCAGUAUGAAAUCGAUAAAAAAAAUCACAUCAAACCUCACCUGCAGUGAAAAUGUGGUACACUAUCGUGUUUAUCGUCGGGUCGACUUACGAUUUUGUCACUUUGUACGAUUUUUUGAACUUUUAAAAACAAGAAUUAUUGAAAAAACUUCCGAACAUCGAACAAAUUGAGGAUAGUUUAUUCCUAAUUUCUUUGUGUGUGUAACACAUGCGCGCUCCGUGUGUAUGCACAGAAAAUAUCACUUACCUUCUAUUCUACGUACUUUGGCUGUUUAGUCACCUUUUGGCGCCUAGUGAAGUGUAUUUGACGCUGAGCAAGCUUUCAGAAAAAAGGGGGAAAGCAAAUCUUAACACAGGUCCGAAAUUUGAUUGUGUGUGACUUCCAGCGUAAGGAGUCUCAACGAAACAUUGCUGGGAAGUAUGGGGUAAGUCGUGGUGCGGUCCAGCUGGUCAUUCGGAAGUAUUAGAUGCCCGGUAGAGUUGCCGAUCAACCAGGAAGAGGGCCGAAACGUAUGACUGAUGCAAGAACGGGCACGUUAAUCAUCCGAGAGUUGAAGAAAAACCCACGAACGACCGUUCGGGCGACUAAAGAAAGGUUGGAUCUGGACCUUCUCAAUCGCACCAUUCGACGAAGCUUAGUGGAACGGGACCUGAAUAGCUACUUCGACAAAAAACAACCGACAUCACCAAAAAACGAAGUCAGUUUGCGAGAAAUCAUGUCAACGAGCCGCUGGAGUUCUGGAAGCGCGUUAUUUGGUUGGACGAGUUCAAGUUCGAGCUAUUUAAUAUGAAGCACGUUUGUGGAAUCAUGGAGUGGAACGGCUUCUCGUGGUCUGUGGUGGGAAACUGAGCGCAGGUCAACGGUAUUAUGACUGCCGAUGUGCGAGGAACCUGGAAGAAUUCGUGCUGAAAAUGGGAGUAAAGAAUAACUACACCUUCCAUCAAGAUAAUGGCCCGAAGCAUGCUGUGGAACAAGCAACAGCAUUCUUCCGAUCGACCCGGAUCAAACCAAUGGUGUGGCCACCCCAAAACCCCGACUUGAAUCCUAUUGAGAAUUUAUUAGCGAUUUUGGACAAGGUGGUCUAACUGACGUUACGAACAAGAUAAACUAUUUUGCUGCGUUGAUGAAGGCUUGGGACGAGCUGGACCCUCAACACCUCCGGAAUUUCGUGGAGAGUAUGCCAAAGCGUUGUCAGUUGACUAUCGAUACCAAAAGGAGUUUUUAUUUGUUUUUUGUUUAAUGAACCAUGAAGUGGAUUUUUUUUGUCAUACUCUAAAAGUGCUUGAAAUAGGAACAAAAGUCAUUUUUUUGUCUUUCUGAAAAAUAAAUCAACGAUACAAAAAUGGCAAAGUGGACUACUAAUUACUUACUUUUUCGUAGUAUAGUUGUAUUUUUGUUGUGUACAUCACUGUCUAAACUAAUAACGAAAAAGAGGAACACGAUGUCGUAGAAACCGUUUUCACACCUACACAUUGUUUUUAACGAGAUUUAUUCUGUGGAGACACACAUCUAACGAAUAGUGCUGGAUAACGUUUGCACAUUUCAACGCCUCAUGUUGUAACCAUAACGCAAAAUGAAUCAUCGAUUUAUCUCCACUCACGUGUCCAACCAUGUCAUUCCACAAGCCGUAUUUAUAUUUAUCAUAAAAUAAUCCUCAAACGAGUCCCCGAAUACGGGAUUUGUAUAUUCAUAACGAAACCCUCAGAUUCCCGAGCUCAGAAAAAUUACUGUGUACAUAGCACACAGCUCCUCGUUAAUUCGUACAUCCUCUGUAGGCUAGCUGCAGAAAAGAAUACUAGUUUUAAAUUAUGAACGUUAAACUCCUCGUUGGUUAGAUGUUGUGUUUGAAAGUAUAAAUAAGAAAGCCAAUUAAUUAUGAAGAAUUUUAAUAUACCGAUUUUAAUGAGUGAAUCUCUUCAAGCUUUCGAUAGUUUGUCGCCAAUAUAAGAUAAAGCUUGAGUUGAGUCGAGACAAGAAAUAAUAAAAAACGAGUGCCGCUUCGCUACACUCUCUAAUCGCGCACCGAAAUCAUCGAAAACUGUGCCUCCCAACGGCAGGUGUGUGUGUGUGUGUGUGUGUGUGUGUGUGUGUGUGUGUGCUGAGUGUAGCAUCCCAAUAUCAAUUAUUACACGUAACAAAUGAGUGCACCCGUGGCCGAGUGGUUAGCGUCUCACAUUGUCAUGCCGUGUGUUCGGGUUCGAUUCCCGUUCUGGCCGGAGGAUUUUUCGUCAAAGAAAUUUCCUUCGACUUGCACUGUGGUCACGCGUAUUCAAGAGUUUGCCCCUCGGAAUACAUUCAAGGCGUGUUAUUUGGCUUAAGAAAUCUCAACUAAGUAUUAAUAAAUGACGCUAAUUAAUGCAUACGUUGAGACGGCAAAAGUUCCACAGGGAACGUUAACGCCAUUCAAGAAGAAGAAGACGUAACAAAUGACAAACAGAUCCAAAAAAAAGGUAACUUAUGAAUCCAAACAAAAAUCCAGCUGAAUAGUAGGGCUAUACUAUACACUAUAAUCCACUGUUGACAAUGAAAAUAACAAUCCCUCUAAUAUCAAUAUACAACUAUAUUCAACUUUAGAA